AUGGCAGAUGGACUUCUUUCUACUUUGAUUCAGUUUUAUGAUCCCGUGUAUCACUGUUUCACUUUCCCCGACUAUCAGCUUAUGCCAACACUUGAAGAAUACUCUCAUUUGAUUGGUGUUCCUAUUUCUAGUCAAGCUCCAUUUUCUGGUUUGGAGGAAGAUCCCAAAGAUCAAGACAUUGCAAAGGCUACUCACUUGAAAAUGUCAGAGAUCAUGGAUCACAUGACCACAAAAGGAAAAAAGCUUGGUUUGAUAGCUAAGUUUAUAAUGAACAAAGCUCAGUAUUUUGAUAGAAUGAGGAGGGUGGAUGCGUUUGAGGUUGUUUUUGCUCUACUUAUAUAUGGAUUGUUCCUCUUUCCUAGUUUUGAUGACUUUGUUGCCAUGGAUGCCAUCAAGAUCUUCUUAAUAGGAAAUCCAGUUCCUACUUUACUUGCUGAUGCCUAUCAUUCUGUUCAUAUGAGGAAUUCUUACAGCGGAGGAAUGAUUACAUGUUGUGUGCCUAUGUUGUACAAGCGUCGUGACUAUGAUGGAGUUAGCAUCAUUGAUAGUUGUGGAGGAUUUUCUAAUGUACCUCUCCUUGGUACAAAAGGAGGCAUCAGUUACAACCCAAUCCUAGCUCGGUGUCAACUCGGUUAUCCAAUGACAGAUAAGCCAAAGAAUAUUCACUUGGAGGAGAAGUUGAAGAUUGCUUUGAACAAAGUGCAUCGAGAAAGGGACGCUUGGAAGAACAAGUAUCAAAUCAUCAACAAUGAGGAUGAAGAACUUCAAAGGCAGUUAAAGAUGAAGAAUGAAGAAGAGCUCUCCAGCAAUAAGAGGAAGGUGCAAGAGGAUUUAUUUUCCUAUGGUGUUCAGUCAAAUACUCCUUUGAAGUUGAUCGUAGACAAGCUUGUGCUCGAGAAGGCUGAUAUGGAAGAACAAAUUAAGAAGCUCAACUUGAGGCUACUAGGGGAAUCUCCUUAG